GCCAUAUUGGGAAGGUAACUUUACAUGGCUAAAAUACUUGAGCGACGUUUUGAACUUUGAAAUUAUAUUUUGUGUUUUAUUUGGUCGUCAAGCAUAAAAAGGGCGGCAUGGUAGGCUAUAGUUCAGCAGCCAUGCUCUAUUUUCACUGAUAUCCCCGUUUGACCUAAUGAUUCCAAAAGAUGAGGCCCCUGAGGAAAGGAUGAGAUGAGCUUACUGCUUUGCCUCCACACCUGCGCACCACCGGCGCAAGCCACUAGUGUCCAGACUGCAGGGAGAACAUCCACUCCACUUUGAAGCCGCUGUGACGAGACGCUGAAUGAGAGCAAAAAUGGGGCCUGUCAGAACCUUGCCUAGCCUGGCCCGCGCUGCCUGGAGUUCUGCUGGGAUAAAAACGGGCCUGCUUGCAACACAUGCCAGCAGGGCCUGUUAUCCCAAACAAGACCCAGAACGCGGCGGCACUCACAUGAUCUCCACAGAUGACCUGGAGUACCCGCGGGAGUAUCGGACGCUGGGCAACAGCGGCCGGCGCUUCUCCAACGUGGGCCUGGUGCACACGUCGGAGCACCGGCACACGGUGACGGCGGCGCAGAGCCUAGAGGCGCUCACCAACCUACACAAGGCCGACAUGGAGCGCAAGCGGGACGCCUUCAUGGACCACCUGAAGAGCAAGUACCAACAGCAGCAGCAGCAGCAGCAGCACCAGCAUCAGCACCACAACCCGCCGUCACCGUCGCAGUCGCACGGCAGCACGAGGGGAGGCUCGGACAGGGCCGCACGAGAGCAGCAGCAACAACCCAACUACUGGAGCUUUAAGAGCCGCAGCCCUCGCCAUUCCCAGUCCACCCAGUCGGGGCUCGCCGACCAGGCCACCAAGCUCUCCUUCGCCUCCGCCGAGUCCCUGGAGACCAUGUCCGAAGCCGACGUCCCCAUCGGCUUCAACAGGAUGAAUCGGUUCCGCCAGAGCCUGCCCCUGUCGCGUUCCGCCAGCCAGAAUAAGCUACGGUCUCCAGAUGAAUAUGCAGGCGUGCUCUUCCUGCAGUACGGCGACGAGACGCGGCGCGUGCACAUCACCCACGAGCUGAGCAGCCUGGACACGCUGCACGCCCUCAUCGUGCACAUGUUCCCGCAGAAGCUGACGGCGGGCAUGCUCAAGUCGCCUAACACGGCCGUGCUGAUCAAGGACGAGGCCCGCAACGUCUUCUACGAGCUGGAGGACGUGCGCGACAUCCAGGACCGCAGCGUCAUCAAGAUCUACCGCAAGGAGCCCGUCUACGCCUCCUACCCGGCCGCCGCCCACCUGGCCAACGGGGACCUGCGGAGGGAGCUGGUCUACUCGUCCCGUGACUCUUCCCCGACGCGCCGCCUCAACACGCUCCCCUCAUCGUCGGGCUCUUCUGGCUCGCCGUCCCGCUCGCGCCUCUCCUACAGUAGUGGUCGCCCACCCUCCUUCGCCGGGUCGCACGCGCCCCACGAGCAGGCCCGGCACCCUCAUCACCUCGCCGCAGCCGCCGCCCACGUGGCCAACGCGGGCCUCUCGCCCUCACCCAGUGCCAUCCUGGAGCGGCGAGACGUCAAGCCGGACGAGGAAGUCUCGGCGAAGAACUUGGCGCUGAUGAAGAACGAGUCUCUCUACGCGGACCCCUACAGCCUGAUGCACGAGGGCCGCCUCAGCAUCGCCUCCACACAGUCACUGGCUGCCAUCGGCGACCCUUUCAGUUUCCCCGUGUCCUCUGGAUUGUACCGCCGUGGCUCUGUGCGCUCCCUCAGCACGUACUCCGCCGCCGCCCUGCAGGGGGAGCUGGACGAUUCGCUCUACAAGCCCGGGGGGUCCCUAUACUCUGACACGUACUCGGCCACUCUGGGCAUGGGCUUCCGCAUGCCGCCGUCGUCCCCGCAGAAGAUCCCCGACAUGCACUUGCGCGACAGAGACUCGUACUCCGGCUCGCCCAACAGGGCUUCGCCCGUCAGGCAGAACUUUCGCAAAGACUCAGCGUCCUCCUCGGUGUUCAUGGACGGUCCCAAGUCCAGACCAAGUUCUGGCUCUGAGCCUCUCUGCCUCACAGCCGGAUCCGGGGACGGGGGCAGGGCCACGCCCGGUUUUGGGACAUCCAUGUCUGGACCUGACGCUGAUGCUAGCAGGGAUCAUCGUCUCGAGCGCAUGGAGGCCAUGGAGAAGCAGAUCGCCAGUCUGACUGGCUUGGUCCAGAGCGUCCUGACCAGAGCGCCCGACAGUGACAGCACAUGCGGCCUGCUGCGUCUCUGCAUGAUGGCGGGCUGCCCCCCGGACCAGGGAGCCGACUUCUCACGGACAUUACCUUUCUCUUCCAGUGACAAGACCGACACCAACAGCGAUGGCUCCGCCACCGGAACAGGACGGCUAAAGAAGAAAGCUCACACGCCGUCGGCCCCGCUGGCGCUGAUGCCGCCGCCGCCGUCCAACUCGACGCCGUUGAACAACGUCAGCCGCCUGCAGAUGCAGCUGCACCUGCACGGGCUGCAGCAGAACGCCAACGACCUGCGCAAGCAGCUCGGACAGCUGCGCAAGACGCAGCUGGAGAACCAGGACUCCAUGUCCACGCUGCUGAAGCGCACCGAGGCCGAGCUGAACGUGCGCGUGGCAGAUGCCCUCCGCAAGCAGGAGGACCCCUUGCAGAGGCAGCGCCUCUUGGUGGAGGAGGAGAGGCUCAAGUACCUGAACGAGGAGGAGCUCAUCAUCCAGCAGCUUCAUGACCUGGAGAAGUCAGUGGAGGACAUCCAGAAGGAGUCGUCCGUCAACCACAAGCUGGUGAACGUGCAGGAGCUGGAGGAGAAGACAGCCGUCCUCCGAAAGUUGGGCGAGACGCUCACCGAGCUCAAGAAUCAGUUCCCUAGCCUUCAGAGCAAGAUGCGAGUGGUGCUCAGAGUGGAAGUGGAGGCCGUUAAGUUCCUGAAGGAGGAGCCGCACAGGCUGGAUGCUCUGCUGAAACGCUGCAAAACCAUCACGGACACCCUCAACACCAUGCGCAAGCAAGCCAACGAGGGCGUGUGGAAGAAGCACGAGGACUUCACGUCGUCCAAGCACAACGAGGAGCUGAGAAAGUUCUCGAACUUCGACAGCCCCAUCAGCCCACCGCUUGCCCUCAACGACCUCGGGGGAGGAAACAGCCUUUCCAAUUGGAGUCCGCACACCAGCCUCACCCGCCGUCACCACGGGAACCCAGCCGGACCGCACAAGGACAAUCACCCGCCUGUCCCACACAAGGGCAAAGCCCUGGAGGAGCUGGAACGCCGUAGCGCUGCUGAUAAGGCGUUGUCCGUAGAGGUUCGCCUGGCGGCCGAGCGGGACUGGGAGGAGAAGCGGGCCAGCCUGACCCAGUACAGCGCUCAGGACAUCAACAGGCUGCUGGAGGAGACCCAGGCCGAGCUCAUGAAGGCCAUACCCGACCUGGACUUUGCCGCCAAGCAGAUCAAGCCCUCCUCCCCCGCAACAUCCUCGCAGGCGCCACAGACCCCUCAGAGCGGGACGGCCACCCCCGAGCACCGCACCGUCAACAACAAGCCACUGCAGAAGAAGGAAGGAGGGUCCAGGCUGGGAUCUGAUGAGCUGACGGUGCCUCGCUACCGCACAGAAAAACCCUCCAAGUCCCCACCUCCGCCGCCACCCAGACGCAGCUUCCCGUCUUCUCCGGGCUUGAUCACACGCAGCGGAGAGCAACUCGUUCCCGGGAAGAGCGUCAAGAAGUCCGACUCUGAGGAGGGAGGGAGCCAGAAGCCUCACGUAAAACUGAGGAGGACAGUGUCGGAAAACCCUCGUCCCGCAUCCACGCCUCCCACGCUGUCCGGAGACAAGGCAGACGCAGAGCAGGAGAAAAGUUCUGCACAGUUAGAGGUCAGGCCUUCGUGUCGCGUUCCACACAUCAUGUUGACUGAGUGUCCCGUCAGAGAUGUGCCCCGUUGUCCCUUGACGAUGAGUUCUUCGCCUCCUCAGCACGAGCUGGCGUUGCAGCGUUCCUUGGAGGAGGAAGUCAAACAGGAAGUGACUUUGCUCCUGACCGAGCUGGAGAUGAGGGCGCUGUCGCCCUUCGAGGCCCAGGAGCUGAGCGGCGCCAUGGGGGUCAUUUUGCAAACGCGCACCAUCUCGGCACACACCACGGCGCUCUCGGAGGCGCACUUGAGCGAGCGGCCUCUGCUGCUGCUCUUCAGGGAGGAGGCCACGCUCAAGGAGGCCUACAAUCUCCUGCUUUCCCUUUUGGAGGCGGUGCCGCCGCAGCCCAAACCCAGAAAAAGAUCCUCCGCCUGCUCGGGGCAGCGGAACGCCCUGGUGAUGGCUCUGAGGAAAGGGAUAGAGACAGGGGACGUGGUUCUAAAACUCCAACCUAGCACCGAGACCAAGUGUCCCGAUGGAGACGCAAGUCUUUCCACAUCAGACCUGGCCUCCACUCAGUCCAAACCAGGAGAAAAUGUCCGCCACAGCACCUACAAGAGACUGGACAGCUUGGAGGAGACCAUUCGGGAGUUGGAGAACACCUUGCAGGAGAUCAGCGGAGGUUCCCGUGCGGAGGAGUUCGACGCCGACGCCAAAGCGAGCAGGAAGCCGCCAGUCCCGCCCAAGCCGUCAAGACAGGGAGGGAACGGCGCCCUGUGCAAGGUCCCGCCCGCCCCGGCCUCCAAACUGAAGCAGCUGCAGCAGCAGAACAGCACGGACAAGUUCAAAGGCACCAAGAGGGAAGACUUCCUGAAGACCCAGCAGCAGGGAGUCGCGGGCGUCGAGUCGGGGAUCCGCCGCAGGAGGGCGGAGGGCCCCGCGCUGAGAGCGUCGCCCGUCCAGGCCAAGGCGCUGCUGGCCAGCCUGUCGGCGGCCGGCCUGAGCGCCGAGGCCCUGCUGCUGUCCUCCGCCCUGCGCCAGCACCGCCUCCUCCGCGAGCAGCAGCAGCAGCAACGGGCGUCCGCGUCCUCCCUGCCCUUGCCCAGCAGCCGCUCGCCCUCGCCGGCCUCCUCGUCCUCGCAGACGCCCACCGCCACCUUGUCCUCGUCCUCCUCGCCCACCACGCCCGUCCUGUCGCCCUGCUCGCCCACCUCACUCACGUCGCCCACCUUGUCCAAGGCUAGUCUGGAGGGCAUCACCAGCUGCAAGUAUGGACAGUAACAGCUAAAGUGUCAGCAUUCCCUCUUUUGGACCAGUCUCAAGUGAUUCCGGAAGUCCACUAAGGGAAUUCUCCCUCUGGCGCACAAAACUGGACCACCCUGGUGAUCCCACCUGAUAUAAGCUGAUCCUGUUUUAAAAAAACAUAGAGCUGCAAUAAUCACCACCACGUGAGUCCACUCUAUAUACAGGUGCAUCUCAAUAAAUUGGAAUAUGGUGGAAAACGUCAUUUGUUUCAGUCGUGCAAUUCAAAAUGUGAAAGUCAUAUACAAGAUAAAAUCAGGGGUUCUCAAACUGUUUGGGUCCAGUGGAGAAAUUCUUCCAAAGACACCCUCAGAAUCCAUAUGACAACUAAACAUAAUUAGCAUGUGAAAUGGCUUAGGGAUUGAAAAUGAUCUAUUUUCGAGACAAAAAUUCCCAGUAAGACAAUAACAAAUUCAUUUUCUUUUGAGAGAAAAGUUGCAAAGUUAUGAGAAUAGUCGUUUUUCUCUUUGGUUUUAAAAGGCAAAAUUUUUUUAUUUUUUUUUCAAGAAACAGUGGUGCCUUGAGAUAUGAAUAACUCGACUUGCAAGCGCAGUCUUGACAUACGAGCACUGUAUGGUGACAGUGACUCAACUUCACAACAAGCAGCAGUUUGGCAAAUAACGGUGGCGAAAUAUUCAUUAAAAAAAAAGCGGCUUUAUGCUGUUGAGUGCCACUCCCAGCUCAAGGUUACGGUUAAACUAAACAUAAAACAAAGAGAAUUACACACCUUGUGUUUCUAAAACAACCGCAUAGCUAACGCUACAUAGCAUCUAUCUUUUGGUGCUUUAACCCUUUAAGCAACGGAUUGAACACAGACAAUAUAACAGUACUCAGCCUUAUAUUCUUUAUCCUCGGCAUAGAAUCUAAUAUUAGUGCCGUACCGAUGAGAUGAGAGAGGAGUUAGAUGUGUCAAUGAACAGUAUAUCCCCACCCCGUCUGACUUAUACUGCCCCAGGUGGCCAAACAAAAAUUCUUACUAUUGAUUUGAGUUACAAGCGGGGUGGCAGAAUGAAUUAAACUGGUAUCUCACGGCACCACUGUAGUCGUAAUAUUGUGAUAUCAAAGUCACAGAUAUAACGAGCUCGGAAAGUCUUUCGUUAGGUGUUGAAGAACUUGAGUGUACCCAUCACAAACCUGCAGUGUUUCCCAACCAUUUUACAUUACAGAACAAUCUCACAGCUGUGCACACAACCUACUGAAAUAAAUGAAGAUUUCUACCACAUCAUCGCUUGUUGGGCAGAAACAUCCUUUUUGGUCAAAUUUGGUCAGUUUCAUAUUUUUUUCCAAAAUGUAUUCUAUUGGUCAGUCUCCACGUGGGUCUGUUAUUUUUGACAAAUUAUCAACCACAACCAAUCUAUAAAGUGUUGAAAAUGGCGAGCUGUCUUUGAUGAUGCAAUGUGAAUGGCUCAACAAACCUCCCAUUUUCUUAGUUUAGUUUUUGAUGGUUUUGGAGAUGCGAGGAUUCCGCCUGAUGUCAGCCAUAUUCAAAUUUAUUGACAUGCAUGUGUGUGCGUGUGUGUGUGUGUGUGUGUGUUUGUGUGUGAAUGUGAUUUUAAAGCUAUUUAGUAUUCUAACUCAAGCCAAAGUGGUGCUGUUUAUUUGAUUCUUUGAUGGACAAAAGUACUGGGGCAGACUUUUUUUUUUUUUAAUCAGGUAUGAAUUGGAUUAGACCCUGUGAAUCUUAAACCUUCACCUUAAAAAGACAUUUUGGAUAGUUCUACACGAUGGACUUUGUAAGAACUGCAUUUUGUCGUUUUAUGUUAGGCAGCAGCACAUCACUAAAUUAAGCUACAACUACACAAAGGACAAAUAUAAUAUACGAUAUAUAAUGAUGACUUCUAUGGCGAAACGUUGAUUUAUUUACACAAUCUGAUGUUGAUUUUAUACCUGUGUAAUAACAUUAAGACAAUCGCAACACCGCAAAGCUCCCCCAAAGACAACAGGCCCUGUUUGUAUUCACAUUUCAUUAUUAUUAAUAUGUCAAAAAGGCCCAAGAAGCAAGCACAACGGGAGUUAUCCCUUUAAAAAUAAAGGUCCGUUCUAAUGUAACAUCAGUCAGCUGGGAAGCAGCGUUAUAAUCGGCUUAUUGUGCGGACGUUUAUAUGGAACAUUUGUUCAAGAACACAAUAUACAUGAAGACUAUAAACGAGCGAGCGCGGUCGCAUCUUAAUUACAACUUAUUGACAAAGCACAACAUGACGUCUCCACUACAGUAAACACACUGUGUGUACAUUUAGCGCAAAUAUCCUGCUGGUGCCUCAUUUGGGUUCCAUCUGCACAGUUUGCGAAGCACUGCAAGACUGCUGCUUUUAUUUCCCCCCUCGCACAAGCGCCCUUUAUAGACACCCUGCCUAUGAAGCCUUAGCCUUAACAUUUUCAUUUGAGUUUUUCUUUUUUGAAUUGCAACCCUAUUCUUCAUAUUUAGGGUGUAACAGUAUUUGGUAUUGUGUUUUAAACGACAAUAUAAGUUAAAGACCCCGCAAAGUGAAUUUGGAGAUUUGUUUCAAAAUACGUUAUUCAUGUUUCAAGAUAAUUGCUUUUUAGCACUCAAUUGUGGAGAUUGGCGAUAUAGCGUUAAACUGUUUUUAACAUUUUUAGUUUCGCUGAUUUUUUUUUUGGGGGGGGGGGGGGGGGCGUGGCUAAAACAUGAGUCGCCCUUCCUCCACUACCGUACAUAAGAACUUGAGUGCCUUCAUUCAUAUCCACGUUUAUCCGGCACAAUUGCAGUGUGCAGUUAGUUAGGUAGCUAUGCCUGCACCCCGACAAUACAUCUUCUCUUCAGCUACUCCACUGGCAUGGCCGCUUUAGAGCGCCUCGUUGUCAGCUGUGAGUGUGUGCAUGUCAUGGAGAGAAAAGUGGAACAGCAUGGAUGGUUGCAUUUUUUUGACUUAACAGCCACCGUGCGGGCUUCAGGCUGGCCUGACACUUUAGAGCGCCUCGUUGUCGCGGCAUGGAAAAGCCCCUCAAGAACCCAGUGGGAUAUACUGUGUUCCAGCUACCAGAGGCUUUAACCGGAUACAUUUUCACACCUCUAACAUGUAUUAAUGUGGUGGCAUUAGAGAGAUGCUAAACAAUGACCCAUCCAUUUUUCCAGGUCUUAGGACUGGUAUUGAAUUGACAGUUGGGUUUCAGCACAUUCAGCGGACAUGCCCGCAGCAUUUGAAAGUGACGAGAACGGCUUGAUUUUCACAAUUUUUAAAGCCUCGUUUUAUAUACGUGCUGAUCUUUUUUUUUUUUUUUUAAUUUGUCAGGGUUGUUAACACGACUCUUCUCUGUGGUGUGUCAAAUUUCCUACACAUUUAUUUUCACUUUACAGGGACUUGCAUUUCUUUUUUUUUCAUUACAGUGAAUAUAAAACUUGCGAGGAAAUUAGUUUUUAUUUACAAGCACAAGUGCAAACAAUCCAGCACUGUAAACGUCACCAAUCAUCAUUUUUGUAAACAAAUUCAAGUAUAUAUUGAUGAACGAGGACCAUUGAAUGCAACACGAAACUGUCCCUGACCCCUGCCCGUAUCAUGUUUAACUUCCCUAUGACAUCAUCACUCGUGUCAGAAGAGCACACUUAGCACGUUUUCUCAAAUUUUUCAGAUUAAGACGUGGGAAUUAAGAAAUACAGCAGUAUCAUUAAAAAUUAAACUUGGAGGCCCAACUGCUAGGACCCUUUAUGUGUGUGUGUGUGUGUGUGUGUGUGUGUGUAUAAGUGAGAUGUCAGUGUAUGAUAUUAUACCUGUGAAGACGAAAGUCUGAUUAUUACGAUAUACAUAUUUAUAUAUACAUACAGUAUAUAGACUUAGACUAUAAAUGAGGAUCUACUGUAAAAUGUCGUCACCAUUUCAGUUUUUAUAAAUUAACAGUGUGACCAUUUUGUACAGCCCCCCCCCCCACCCCCACCGCUUUUCACAUUUCACACGGAGAUUAUUUAUUCAUGCGUAUUGGACAUUUUUUUAUUAUUAUAUUUGUUGAAUAUAUAUCUGUAUAACCUCUGUAAUAUACGUACAUAGAAGCUCUUUUUUUCUAGUAUUUUCUUUAUGGACACAUGUUCUGUAAUGUAUGUAUUGAGGAAUCAGUGACCGAAAACAUUUUUUAUUUAUUUAAAGAAUAUAUGUAUUUGUUUUAUUUUCAGUAUGCCGCUCUAUUUAUUUAUUUUUAAAUUCACCUGCAUUGCCUGUUUUGGUGCUGUUGGAGGUACAAAUUUGUGGGGUUAAAUCCAAAGUUCGUAUGAGGUCUCAUGACUUUAAUGUUGCAUUCGGGUCUGCGUGUAAAACUGCAACAAACCUAAGCUAAAAAAAAUACAGUCAGGAAAGCAGAACCGCCGAGAUGAAUCUACAACAUUGGCUUUCAACUUUUAUCUCAUUUUUAAAAUAUCAACACAAUAAACCUAUGUGCUAUUUAGUAUGUACUGUAUAUAGUACAUGUACUGUAUUUUUACAUGAAUGUGUGGACGUUCAAACAGCAUUGCAAAGUAGAAGAAACAAAAAUUGUGUAAAUAGUCAGUCGUUCCUAGCCGGUCCCAGAAAUUGUCACGUUCAAAAAGCAGUAUAGUAUAAUGACGGGUUCAAAGGUAUUAAAACACCACAAAUGCAUGUAUCGUCUCAAGCAGUCGCACGGUGUUCUUUUGGUUUUGCGUGUAAAUCAAAGGCAGGCAUGUUAGGUCGUGUGACGUCGGACAGGAUUUCAAAACGCAUGAAUGCACCACGGCCUAGCGUUUCUAGUUACUGUGACAUAAAGGACAAAGAGUAACAUCAUAGAUCUAUUAUAUAUAUAUAUAUAUAUAUAUAUAUAUAU